CUGUGCUGAUGACCCUGUGGGCAGGCUAUAAAUGCGCGUUUUACCCGGACGUCUCCAUGUUUGACUCAAUCUUUUCUUUACCAUGGUGAAUAACAAGUGGAAUACAACUUCUGCCUGCCAGACUGGACUCGAUUUCUUCGAGUUUUUGAAGGAAUCUAACCGGACAUCCAUCACAGACAGGCUUGAAUUGAGAGAAAUUUAUAACAAUGAGUUCAGAAGCAGGAGAAAAGAGACCAAAGACCCAAAUUUUGGAACAGUGCUCCAUGCCCUGAAAGUGUCUCACAAAAUAACAAGACGAAAAGACAAGAUCCGCUUCAACUCCACGGUCAAAGCAUUUUACGUGGAUCAGUGGCAUUCACCCAUUGACCGUAGACCAGAGCCCAUCCAGAGCCCAGCCAGUCCACAGUAUGUGCAGGAUGUCAUCUCUGGAGAUGAAGCGGAGAUGGGUGUUCGAGCUCGCAGGAAACUGGCUCGUCUCCUGAUGGACCGACUGAAAACAAACAGGGGUCAAUUCAUCUCUGACAAAAAUGGUAUCUGCAUCAGCUCUGACCAUGGGUUUGACAACGGGACCCUCAGCUUGCAAGUGGAUGAAACAUAUGAGUAUGUGGUUAAUCUGAAUGUGGAAAACACUGGGACAGACACUGUGUACUUCACCUACUACACCCCACUGCACUGGCUCAAGUACUUCACUCUGAGAGACGAGAGAAAGGUGACCAAAACAAAUCCUCUAUGCCUUAAACCAGGCCAGAGCUAUGACAUUCAGGUUAGCUUCCACUGCAGUUUGGUUGGUUUCUAUCCAGCCACGCUCGCCUUUGAAUUCAAACCAGACCUGCUGCCCACCUCUGCUACGUUCCACAUUGUGCGCUACAUCCAGGCUCAGUGCAUAACUUCAUUAGGACUGGAGCUGGCUCCAGUGGCCCCCUACAAACCUUGCUCUCUCCCUGCCUGGACUCCUCCAGUGGAUUAUAUGGUUGUGGAUGGACUGCAACCUGAAGGGAUGUCAGUGAUGCAGCUUCAAAAUGUGGUUGAGCUGAAACAGUAUCGAAUCCCUUCAUUUAUGAACCAGCUCAUCAAGUCUCUGAAGAGUACCAUCUUUUCUGAUAAAAGAAAAGACUUACUUGAGAGUCCCUUGAGCUGGGAGAACUACUGUGAGAAGUUUCAGCUGCAGUUGUAUCUGGAGGAGCAACAGAUGGAGGUGGACAUCAAGAGAUACAACAUCCCCAACAAUGACAGACAAGAGGCCACCAUGACCAGAGAUCCUAACAACAAGAAACUUCUUGUUCUUGAGGUACCUGGUGUCUCUGAGAACCGUCCGUCUGUGCUACGAGGAGAUGCCCUGCUGGCUUAUCCUGUAGGAGAAACAAAGGUGAAGUACCGCGGCUACGUUCACAGUGUGCAGCUGGACAGCGUCAAACUCGGCUUUGGCUCAGAAUUGCUGAGUCGUUUUGUAGAUGGCAUGAAGUUCAACAUUGAGUUCACUCUCAACCGCCUUACUAUGCGUGUUCAGCAUAGAGCAGCAGAGCUGGCAGCUAAAUACAAACUGAGAGAGGUGUUGUUCCCAUCUGAUGAUAGACUCUCCUCUCUGCAGCCUGAACUUCCAAGACUCAGGCUGCACGACUCAAAGCUGGAGAGAAACCCAGAGCAGUACAAGGCUGUACAACACAUUGUAGCUGGCUCAUCCAAACCUGCUCCUUACCUGGUGUUUGGUCCACCUGGAACAGGAAAAACUGUGACGAUGGUGGAGGCCAUCAAGCAGAUAGAAAAGAGGCAGGCGUCCUGCCACAUCCUGGUCUGUGCUCCCUCUAACAGUGCUGCUGAUCUGCUCUGCAAGAAGAUUCUGGAUCAUGUGGACAGGAACAAAGUGUACCGCAUGUACGCAAGUAGCAGGGACCCAAAAUGUGUCCCACAGGAAAUAAAGGACUGUUCUAACCUGGUUGGGGAGUGUUAUGUUUUUCCUGCUAAAGAGAAGCUGAUGGAGUAUAAGAUCAUGGUCACCACUCUGUUAACCGCUGGAAGGUUGGUCUCUGGAAACAUCCCUGCAGGUCAUUUCACUCACGUGUUUGUGGACGAGGCAGGACAUGCUGUUGAGACUGAAUGCAUAGUCCCACUGGCAGGGCUACUCGAUGCAGAGUCUGGUCAGGUUGUUCUUGCUGGAGAUCCUAAGCAGCUUGGGCCAAUUCUCAGAUCCCCUUUCGCACAGAAAUACGGCAUGGGAGUGUCCCUCCUGGAGCGUUUGAUGAAGAACUUCUCUGUGUAUCAGAGGGAGGAAGGCAUUUACAACAACCACUUUGUCACCAAACUGCUGCACAACUACAGGUCCCAUCCUGCUAUUCUGGAAAUCCCCAACGAGCUCUUCUAUGACAGAGAGCUGGUGGCUAGUGCUGAUGAAAUGUUACGCAUCUCUUACUGCAGAUGGCCACAUCUUCCAAAGAGGGACUUCCCGUUGAUCUUCCAUGGUGUGACGGGACGUGAUGAACGUGAGGCCAGCAGCCCAUCAUUCUUCAAUGUACCAGAGGUGGAGGUGCUGAUGAGCUACGUGAGGAAACUGCUGGAGACAGAGGGCAAAAGUCAGGGUAAACUUGCACCCAGAGACAUUGGCAUCAUCGCCCCCUACAGGAAACAAGUGCAGAAAAUCCGAAAGGCCCUGGAAAAAGUUGGGAAAGAUUUUAAAUUCAAGGACAUGAAUGCACUGAAGGUUGGAUCUGUGGAGGAGUUCCAGGGUCAGGAGAGGAAAGUGAUCAUGGUGUCGACAGUUCGCAGCAGCCCUGAUUACGUAGAAAUAGAUAAAGAGUUCAACCUUGGCUUCGUCAAGAACGAGAAGAGAUUCAACGUGGCUGUGACUCGAGCUAAAGCCCUGCUGAUUGUGGUUGGAAACCCCAGAGUGCUGACCACAGAUCCUACCUGGGCCCGGUUUAUCCAGUACUGCCAAGACGAAGGAGGCUACACUGGUUUUGUCCAUGUAGAGGAUGAGGAGGAUGUGAUUAGAAGGCUUGCUGCCCUGUACAUCGAGAUUGAGACUACAGUUGAGACUGCUGAGAGUGUCGUCCAGCAGCAACUGGACCCCGAGUGGAGGAGUGACCUGUAAGGGAGAGAAGAAGCCACACUUCCAUCCUGAGCACUUUAAAGAAUUAAUUUAGCCUUUUUGUCUGGUAUUUUUCUGUCUUAGAGGCUUGAAACAAAAGAUUCAAACAAGGUUUCUGAUAUCAUUAAAGGGCUUAAUGCUACUUUUAAAGAUUGUCAUGAAAUAUAAAAAGACAGCAAAAAAUAUUUAUGCAAUCAAAGGUCAUAUUUUUAAAAUCAGCAAUAUGAGCUUGACCAAAGAUGUUAAGAGACAGGGAGGUUAUCUGUAAUUCUUUUUGGCUACUUCAGUAAUUUGCACAUUGAAAUUGUUCUGGCUUACAUCCAGUUAAAGACACAGUAAAAUUGGAAAAGCAGAUCUUUUUGUUGAAACAUAUUUCACCACUGAAAAAUUCAGAUCUCAGGUUCAUUAUGUAACAGUGACGCUGCGAUGUCACUCUCACCAAUAUCCAAGCUGUAGUUUUAUAAUCACGUGUUUUUUUGUUGUUGACUGUAUUACAAGUUUUCCCAUCAUGUAUAAAUUGUCCAAUUUAUUUUAAAAAUCACCAAAAUCAAAUCUUUUGUAUUACUUAAGCCCAUAAAAUUUAGAGGGCACACCGGCAGGCCGGCAGAUAUUUUUACAACUAUUUAAUUGUUUACAAUAUGUAAAUAUAGCAUCUUAAACACCACCAGAAAGCACUGAUUCUCAGGAGUCUGACCAUGUAAACCUUCUGGACAGAACCUACACAGCAGCCACAACUGAUGCAUUUCUCAGACAUUAAACAGUUAUAAGAGUGACACAGCUCACCAUUAGAAGCUCUCCUGAUCACAGUAGUGCAGUCCUGCUGCAUCGGAGUCAACACAAUCAAAUCCAGUCAGCCCAAAAAACAGGAUUACUUUCAUAAAGAUCCAUAGACCAUAUAAUUGUUUAAUUUCAGAUUUACCAUUUUUCUCAAUAGCCCACUGUAUUUGCUGUAAAAAAAUGCCUUUUCCCAUGCAAUUAUUAGCUCUGCAAUAUGGGGCAAUGUCUGCCAAACCUUGAUCAUUUUUGGAGUCUACAGUUUGAAACAUCAGGACUUUUCCAAAUAAAAACAGGUGUAAAAUACAAA